AUGUCAGACCCAAGAGUCAUCCGUGUUGCAGCCACGCAACUCGAGUCGAUAGACUUCGACCUGGAUGCCAACGUCGCCAAGGCAUGCAAGUACAUUGCAGAGGCUGCUGAAAAGGGCUGCCAGCUCAUUGGAUUCUCCGAGGUUUUUAUUCCUGGAUAUCCUUAUUGGAUCUGGAAAAGAACCGUCGACAUCGAGUCCGUUAAGAAGUACAUAGCUAGCUCCCUGAAAAUCGACUCACCUCAGAUGAGGCUCAUUUGCGCCACCGCCAAGGAGAACAAGAUUGCAGUCAUGUUGGGCUUUUCCGAAAAUGAGAACCAGUCCUUAUAUAUCUCUCAGGCCUUGAUCGGUGCUGAUGGAGAGAUUAAAAUGACCCGCCGAAAGAUCAAGCCAACACACAUGGAGAGGACCAUCUAUGGUGAUGGAAGCGGUGCUUCCUUGAACAACGUCGUUGACCUGCCUGGUAUUGGUAAGGUUGGAGGUCUCUGCUGCUGGGAGCAUACCCAGCCCUUGUUGAGAUACCAUACCUAUACCCAGGGAGAGGAGUUUCACGUUGCUGCUUGGCCACCCAUGCUGCCGCUAGCGCAAACACCAGAUGCUCUUUGGAGCCAGGCUGCUGAAGGCGCAAAGAUUUUGACCAGCACUCACUGCAUUGAGGGUGGAACCUUUUCUCUAUAUUGCAAUUCAGUCGUAUCAAAGCGCAACGUCGAGAUUCAAGACCUCGAAGACUCCAUCAUGUGGUCAGUUCCAGGGGGUGGACUUUCUGCGAUUUAUGGCCCUGAUGGCAGGCAAAUUUCCGAGAGCACUCUUGGCCCGGACGAGGAAGGUUUGGUCAUUGCUGACUGCAAUAUGGAGGAGAUUACUCGCAACAAGCAUUUCCUCGAUACCUGUGGUCACUAUAGCCGACCAGAUCUGAUCUGGCUUGGUGUCGACACUCGGGAGAAGAAGCAGGUCCGCCCUGAAUAG